CUGGGCCCUGGUGGAUCGGGGUGUGUUUCUACGGCUUCCAUUCAAGUGAUAAAUGAAUCGGUUCCCUCGAGCUUUGGCUUCUAGCUCUCUUCUAUUCCAAGUCAUUGAGAUCCCAGUGUAAGACAUUCAAGGUCUUUGAUAUCUAAAGCAGAAACGUCUUUGUGCCUCUUGCUCCCUCUAUUCAAUUUCCUCAACCAUAGCCAACAUCAAACCUCUACAUCACACCAACAUGUAUACUGCCGCUUUGCUUCUCGCUUUCUCCCUCACUGCUCAGUCAGUCCCGGUCUUCCAUUCCCAAGCAAACGAAACCAUUGCUCGCAGGAAUGAACUGCCCUACAAGGUUGUCGACGUCGCCGGCACUGCCGCUCCCACCGUCGAGACAAUCACUGCCACGCCCUCGCCGCCAGUGACGGUGACCGUCACUGAUUAUCCUUCCUCCACACCAGCAAUGGAGCCUUUCCCUUUCUCCUCCUGGAGCGUCGGUCCUCGGGUGACAGGCAUCCCCCACCCGGGGCCACAGUUUGCGGCGCGGGCACUCAACAGCACAGAGCACAACCACCGUCGCCAUGAGCACGCCAACACCACCCUCACCGAAAUCCCUGCCAGCCAGGAUUCCACCACAGUGGCUAAGCGCAGCAACGACACGGUGCCCCGUUCCUUGGGUAAGCACAACGGGACCGAGCAUGAGCAAGACCAUCACGCCGAGCACAAGGACGAAGACAUGUCCGCCAAGGCUCUGACCCAGCGCGCACUCACCGGCACCGAAGCAGCCACCAAGCACACCGGCAGCAGCGCCAAUGAGACCCAGCCGGCCCGCGUUGAUAUUGCUCCUGAGCAUGCGGCCGCCUUCGCGCGGCGUGCACUCACCACCGACGCCAAGCACACCCCUCAGAACUUCAACAACACCGCGGAGCAGUCCGAUGCUACCAAGCGCGCACUCAACACCACCGAGGCUGCUACCAAGCCCUUCGCCCGAAGCGUGAACGGCACCUCUCUGCACGCUCGGAAUGUGACUGCGGGUGACUACUGAGUCCUUUGAGAGAUGCCUCUCCUUCUUGGCUCUUUCUCUCAAUAAGUAUAUGGUUUUUUUUCACGACUGGUGCGAUCCAAUGCGAUCACUACGAUACACGGUACACGGCAAGCUAGCGUUCUUUUUGAAUUUAUGGGUAUAUGGUCCCGGGUUUUAUGUGUCAUGACUGGCAUAACGAUCGUUCUUUAUAAGGAUUGGCAUAUCUGGGGCGUUGCGGCUGUUAUGGUUUUAUGGGUAUGUGUUUUGGCGGGGACUUGAUAAUUACUACUGUACUGUACUUAGUUCUUUCUGUCACAUGCAUUUUUUUAGAUGUGGGGUGGAGCAGUACAUUCAUGCGCUGGUAGAUAGAUAGUUUGAGUUCCAU